AUGAAGAACGCGUUUGCUCGAUAUUCGCUGACGAUUUCGAGUAUUCCUGAAAAUGUGAUCGCCCAUUUGCAGCAAUGGAACGAUUGGAUGGUCGGCGAGGGAAGCAGCAAUUCAGGUUCAUCAUCGAUUCCCCCAACGGACCGCCGAAGCCAUCUGAGUGCCGCCGCGAUGGUCCGACAGCAAUCCGACACGACCGGCGUCCGCAGAUUGGUUCGAACACGGGCGGUGCAAGAGGACGAUGAAACCGGACCACAUACAAGCAAUCAUCUUUCCACAACGAUGUCGCCGAAUCUGUCGAGACCCACCAGAUAUGUGAAGUCGGUUUCUCAGCAACGCAGCGAGUCUUAUAUUCAAUUGAAUCAGUAUAAGCUAAUGGAGGAAAUUGGACAGGGCUCCUACGGAAUUGUGAAAUUGGCGUACAACGAGGAGGACAAGAAUCUGUACGCGAUGAAAGUGCUCGACAAAAUGAAGUUGCUCAUGAAUUUCGCGUGUUUUCGACAACCGCCGCCGCGGCGGAAUAAAGAGAACGCGGCGCCGUCGGUGCUUCGGAAUCCGCUUCAGCUUGUUCAGAAGGAGAUUGCGAUAUUGAAGAAGCUCUCACAUCCGAAUGUUGUCAAAUUGGUCGAGGUUCUCGAUGAUCCGAGUGACAAUUACCUAUAUAUGGUAUUCGAGUUCGUCGAGAAGGGCUCGAUUCUCGAGAUUCCGACAGAGAAGCCACUCGACGAGCUGACGGCGUGGAGCUAUUUUCGGGACACGUUGUGUGGAUUGGAAUAUUUACACUACCAAAAAAUCGUGCAUCGCGACAUCAAACCGUCGAAUUUGCUAUUGUCGGACGCCGGACAAGUCAAGAUUGCCGAUUUUGGAGUGUCGUGCGAGUUUGAGGGCAUCGACGCGUUCCUAUCGGGUACGGCCGGCACGCCGGCAUUCAUGGCGCCGGAAGCAUUGACCGAAGGCGCAAAUCACUUCUAUUCGGGUCGCGCACAGGAUAUCUGGUCGCUAGGAAUCACCUUAUAUGCAUUUGUGAUAGGCACCGUGCCAUUCAAUGAUAAUUACAUAAUUGCGUUGCACAAGAAAAUCAAGAAUGAUCCGGUCGUGUUUCCGGAACAGCCGAUUUUAAGCGAAGAAUUGAAGGAUUUAAUCGAGAAAAUGCUCAAAAAAGACCCGGGACAUCGAUUAAUGCUCAAUGAAGUCAAGAUUCAUCCGUGGGUCACCAAAAACGGCACAUGGCCGAUGGCGAGCGAACAAGAGAAUUGCCAUCUGGUGACGGUGACCGAAGAGGAGAUCGAGAAUUGUGUGCGAGUGAUUCCGCGUCUCGACACGCUCAUUCUCGUCAAAGCGAUGGGCCAUCGGCGGCGUUUCGGAAAUCCGUUCAGGAACCAAUUGACGGCACAAUCGAGCAUUCGUGAUCGCCGAAAAUGCUCGUCCGUCAAAGAUCCCACCUAUGUGCCGCCGCCGCCGAUUUCGCCACCGCCGGCUGUCAAUCGACAAGCGUCCAAUUCCGAAACGGAUCGACCGGAAUUGAAUCUGACGGGUCUCACGCUGAAUGUCGACGAUUCGACGACGCCGAAGUCGAAUUCGGCUCGACAAUGA